CUACGACCUACGUAGUUCAACACCUCGAGGAAUUCUUCCAACAUCUCCUCAGGAUAGACUCCACAACUUUUCAAGAUGCAUUUUCUUCGAGGGCUCCUUCUGUCGCUCCUCCCGGUGGCUGCUUUGGCAGCCAAGAACGCUCCGGUCGACAAGUUCACCAAGUUCCAGACCAAACAGCUAUCCUCCACCCCAUUGAAGCUUGACGAUGCUAUCUACGCCCAAUUGACUUCGGCGCCGAGAGACUAUUCAAGUGUUAUACUGUUGACAGCUAUGGAGGAUCGUUUUGGAUGUCAGCUGUGUCGAGAAUUCCAACCAGAAUGGGAUUUACUGUCUAAGAGUUGGAUCAAGGGUGACAAGAUGGCAGAGUCCCGUCUGAUUUUCGGAACGUUGGACUUUAUUAAUGGAAAAGCCACUUUCCAAUCUGUUAGUAUAUCUGCGGAUAUCUUGAAAAAAGCCUCCAACUAACCUUUGCGAAGCUCGGUCUCCAAACCGCUCCAGUCCUUCUACUCUUCCAGCCAACUACUGGCCCUCAUGCCAAUCCCGAAGCUGGUCCUUCUAGAUUCGAUUUUAACAAUGGGUAUAUAUUUCAAACCGUCGGAAGGAUACAGAAUAAUGCUAACUACAAGUCAGAGCACAAUCCGCUGAACAAGUCCACAGAUGGAUCGCGCGUCAGCUUGCCGAUAGACCUCAUCCUCCAGUUGUUAGACCCAUCAAUUGGACUCGUGGUAUUGCAAUUACUACAACAAUAUUGGCUAGCAUCACAUUCUUGACUGUUGCUUGGCCCUACCUAUUGCCCAUCUUACAGAACCGUAACGUUUGGGCUGCAAUUAGUCUGAUUGCCAUUCUCCUUUUCACCAGUGGACACAUGUUCAACCACAUCCGAAAGGUUCCAUACGUUGUCAGUGAUGGAAAGGGAGGUGUCAGUUACUUUGCAGGUGGAUUCUCAAGUCAAUACGGUCUGGAGACUCAAAUUGUUGCUGCUAUGUGUAAGUUCCAAGUCUAUUUGGGAGGUACUUCAAUUUUACUGACACUCAUUGUAGACGGCCUGCUCUCAUUUGCAACUAUUUCAUUAGCACUCAAGGUUCCACGCAUAGCAGACCCAAAAACCCAGCAGAUUGCCGUCAUCGUCUGGGGAGGAAUCAUCUUCGUCAUGUACAGCUUCUUACUGAGUGUUUUCCGCAUCAAGAAUGGAGGCUACCCAUUCUGGCUACCACCUUUCUCAUAGAUUAUCAAUACCACAAAGACGACUGGCCAUUUUGGCCUCUGCCGGGUGUUCAAGUCGUCGCAGUUAUGUAGAGUCAAAAGUCAAAAGUAUUUUGUGUAUAAAUAACCUGGGAGGACUGGCAUUUUU